AACAACAACAAAGAUUAAUUAGCAAGGAAAGAGGAGAGAAGAGGGAUUCAUCAUAAAUUCAUGAUUAAAACAGAUUCAGUGAAACCACCCCAAACCCAUCAGCUUUCCAUUUCACCCCCAUUACCCAAUCAAGUAUUCCAAUUUCUUUUCUUCAUCUCCUCUCCCUUAUCCCCAUUCUAUAUCCUUGUAAUCUAUCUCUCCUCCUUUAAAAGCUUUUGCCUUUUUUUUUUUCUUCAGAAAGGGUAAACAACAAGAUUGGAAGAUAACCCAGUUUUCUGCCUUCUUGGUUUUCUUUGUAUUCUUGUGGGUGUACCUCAUCUUCUGCUAUUGGUUGCUCAUGGUUUUCCUUGCUCUUUGAACGUCAGCUUAAAGAGAGAUACUCUUAAGGGAAUCGGGUGCCUUCUUAGCUUUCUUAUUGUCUCUUUUGGAAAUCCUCAUCCCAUUCCAAGUACCAUUUUCAAGGCUGAUUAAUUGACCUCCACCAUAGUUGGAUCGUUCGGGAUGAUGUUUCAUUAUUCAAAAAUUGCAGUCUUCUGAAUCCUCUUCUGCUAUAGAGAGCAUUUGGGUUUUCAUUUCCGGUUUCCAACAGCUGUUACACAUGCAUACCUGAGGCUGUGUUUUCCCAAUUUUGUGAUAUUGAAAGAUCAUUAGGUUUUCUGUAAGGAUAAAAGAUCAAUUAAUGGUGAAUUGAUAGUUUGAAGGAAGAUCAGUUCUUUGUGCUGCAUUCUGCCCAUUAAUUCUUGAAUAAUUCUAGUUGCAUUGGUGCUGUAAGAAGUUGCAUCAAGUUCACCCCCAUUUCAGUUCUGGGUUGAUCCUCAUUCCCUAUUUCGAGAUAAAGCAGCCCUCUUGGACAGGAAAUCAGUUUGCAGAGAAUUCAACGUCCAUUGCUUCAGUUGCUGUCAGAUUUCAGAAUCUGAAUUGUGUUGCUGAGAGAGGUCGAACUCAUUCCAGGGUUGUGUGAUUUAGCCUAACAAGGGAAUCUUAAAUGAGUGUUGCAAAAUCAGAGCAGAAACCAAAAUUUUCAAAUAGCAUAAUCAAUCUGCAAGAUCGAUACUCAGGUCACGCAGGCAACAUUAUGGAUGUGAGAGCAAGAAAAAUCCCUCCUAGUGUCAUUGGGCAAAGGAAGGUAGAAUAUCACAGAUCUCUCUCCCAAGGAGGAGCAAGAAGGUUGAUACCUGCAAAGGCAAGCUAUUUCAGCUUGGAGUCAUUGCUUCUUCUCACAUGUCUAACAGCAUCCUUGCUGAUCCUUCCACUGAUACUUCCACCAUUGCCGCCUCCACCACUCAUGCUGCUACUGCUCCCCAUAGCCAUUUUCGUGGUGCUUAUGUUAUUGGCCUUCAUGCCAACCAAUGUAAAGGAUGUAACACAUACAUAUGUGUAAGUGUGGUGUUCUGGAUUGAACCCUUUUGUCGUAACACAAUUUUUGCAAUUCCUAUUAUGUUUAAAAAUGAAAAGAAUACUACAUUUAUUCUGUGAUUACAUUUAUUCUAUGAUUCUUCGCUCUUCCAUCAUCCAAAAAGUUUAGUGCAUCUCAAAUUAAGAAGUGCGAAUUAG